CUUUGGGGGCCCACUGUCGCGGUUGCAUUUCGCCUAGUUACAGAUCAUCUUCCUGAGCUUCCUACAAUGCCUCCUGGACAUCUUCAAGCUUGCCAUGGCGCCGGGCAACCUCGUUGCCUUCGGGGGCGAGAACAAGCAAAGUGAAGUCCCCGUAGACGUAACAGAGCUCUCUCCUUUUGCUGGCCUCCAUUUUACAUACAAUGGAAACACGGAGCACAUAGAUUCUUCAUCGAUCAUAUGUGCGGAUGUCCGCGAGAGUCAGUCGACUCUGUUCUUCUUGAAAGACUCCCAGCUGUUCGCCAUCAAGUGUGAUCCUCCCGCUGACUCUGAUUCCCUUGACGCCUUCGUUUUCCGUCCAGGUCCUGAAGAUGUCGAAGGUCAUAUCAUAAUCUCUGUGUUGUCCGGAAAAUGUCUCGCAGAAAGCUUCUAUCAUCAAGUUAUUGCGCCACUGUUAGAACAACUUAACAUUUCAAGCCGCUUUAUCGUCCGUAAGACCACAUCGGCUACUACAAUUACGGAACUAUCCAAAAAUGUUUUUCUUCCAGCAGCUUUGCGCAGCAAGAAACAGCAUAUUGUCUUACUUUCUGGAGAUGGCGGUAUUGUGGAUAUUGUUAACGAACUGUUGUCGUCGAAAGGCUUGCCUGAAGGCUUUAAACCACCCUUGGUAUCCCUAAUUCCGAUGGGUACCGGCAAUGCACUCGCCCAUUCUACCAAGAUAUUUGAUGGCACAAAUGGCUUGGCAUCAUGGCUAAGGGGCGAACCAAAAGACCUCCCUCUUAUUCGAGUUGAGUUUUCUCACGCCAGGGAAGGGCCUUUCCUACUAUCAGAUCAAGGGCGCAAGCGAAAUCAACUGGUUCAGCAAGGCACAAAUGCUUCCUUGUUUUGGGGAGCUGUGGUGUUCAGUUGGGGAUUUCACGCUCAGAUUGUGGCAGAUAGUGAUACUCCUGAAUUUCGGAAACAUGGUGUCAAGCGAUUUGCAAUGGCUGCUCAAGAUGCUUUAUUUCCGUCUGAUGGCUCGGGCCCGCACAAGUACCGCGGCGCACUCACUGUGGAAACAACCGACGAUCGAGGAUCCAUCUCUUGGCAGAGGUUGGGCAACAAUGAACAUUCCUACGUCCUGGGUACUCUUGUCUCUAAUCUUGAGGAGACUUUUACAAUUUCGCCAAAUUCAGAACCUUUCAGCGGCAAGAUUCAACUUGUCCAUGUUAAUCAUAAGAGCGAUGGGAACGAGAUCAUGCGUAUUAUGAAUCUGGCCUACCAGGGAGGUAAACAUGUUCAAGACAAGGCUGUCGUUUACAAAGAAGUGGAUGGCUUUGCUAUUAGUUUUGAAGAGAACGAGGACAAGUGGCGAAGAGUGUGCGUAGACGGCAAGAUCAUUUUGGUGGAGAAAGCUGGAUCAGUACAAGUUCACCGGGAACAAUUAGUUGUUUUGCAGAUUACAUCGCUUUAAGGCAUAUAUACAUGUGCAAGCUAGAAAUUAAGGGAAUAUGGCUUCUA